AUGUCGGAAAUAUUCCAUGCUGGUGGAGAUGUUGUAAGUAGAAAUCUCAAGCGCAAGUUAGAGGAGCCACCAGCCGCGGACCAUGACUCAGAGGUGUUACUUUCUUUGAGUCUUGGCCGCAACAACAAUAACAUGGAAAGUGGCGACUCAUCCUCCAAUUUCACAUUCAAAUCCUUGAAAACUGCUGAAAACCAGACGAAGCAAGAACGCUUGUUUCCUUGCAAGUUUUGCAACAAGAAAUUCGCCAGCUCUCAAGCUUUAGGCGGACAUCAAAAUGCUCAUAAGCGCGAGAGAGUCCUCUCUAAAAUGGACAAAAUGUUUAACAGGGGAACAUUUGCGCUUGAUGCUAGUCAUCAAUUAUGUGCAUACCCAACAACCAUGACAAAUUAUCUACCUUACCGUGGCUCAAACUCAAUACCUCUUUAUCAAGGUGCACAUAUGCACCACCACAUACUUCAUAUGCCUUGCACCAUGCCUGGUUUUCGUUUAGGAUCAUCUAGCUACGGAAACCAAGGCUUACACAACAUUCCUCUGAAUUCUCGCCACCACGGCCACCACCCAGAUGCUGGAUUUGGUUUUGGAGUUACUCAACUUCCUUCAUCUAGAGAAGUUGCGGGUGAUAGAAGUUCUAUGAUUCAUGCUAAUCUCGGUAGCCUUCUUAGAAAUAACUAA